GGGACCGGCAGGAAGAGGCGAGGAAAGGGAAGGAGGAAGGGAAAAGGCACCUAGGAAAGAAUGACUGCAUCAAAAAAGAAAAAAAAACAGCCGUCAUGACUCCUGUGAUUCCGCCGACGUGUUUUAAAAGCCAUAAUUAUCGCUCUCAACAAAGAAUGUAAAUGACAAGCCAGCGCGAAGAGACUUGAGCGAGAGAGAUGUCAUCGCCAGGCAUGGGCACCCCCAGCGACCCCCUCCUGGCCAGUCCCGGGGUGAGAUUCUCCUCAGCCCAGGGAGGUCUGUGGAGGACUUCCCUCCCAAAGACGGCCAGCUUCCCGACGUCCUCCACCCGACACCUCAGUCACCGUGCCAACAACUUCCAGAGGAAGCCCAAGUGCCAGAAGCUGAUCCGACCUUCACCGCCGCCGCCGCCCAACACCCCGUGUCCCCUGGACCAGCUAGACCUGAGCGAGCUGCCUCCUCGACGCGCCUUUCAAGAGUUAGUCUUCAACGGCUGCGUCCUGUUUGGUAUCGAGUUCAGUUACGCGAUGGAGACGGCCUAUGUGACACCCGUGCUUCUACAAAUGGGCCUGCCUGACCAGUUCUACAGUUUGGUGUGGUUCAUCAGCCCCAUACUGGGAUUCCUCGUUCAGCCUCUUAUCGGAGCUUGGAGUGACCGCUGCACGUCCCGCUUUGGACGAAGAAGACCGUUUAUUUUUGCGUUGGCCAUAGGGGCAUUGGUUGGUUUGACUCUGGUGUUGAACGGGCGGGACAUCGGGGGAGCGCUGGCUGACACCGCAUCCAAUCACAAGUGGGGCAUAAUUCUGACGGUGUGCGGUGUGGUUCUAAUGGACUUCAGCGCUGACUCCGCAGACAAUCCGAGUCACGCCUAUAUGAUGGAUGUGUGCAGCCCAGAGGACCAGGACCGAGGGUUAAACAUCCAUGCACUGCUUGCAGGAUUAGGGGGUGGCUUCGGGUACAUCGUGGGUGGCAUCAACUGGGAUCAAACCCACUUCGGAAGGUCGAUGGGAGGUCAACUGCGUGUCAUCUACGUGUUUACGAGUAUCACUCUGGUGAUCGCCACAGCCAUGACUCUUACCAGCAUCCCCGAGCGACCCCUACCAAAGAGCCAGGCAAACAAAAACCCCAGCAAAAACCACCUCAAGAGCCCCAACCUUCUUCUUCCUCCAUCUCCCCCGGCCCCACCGGGAUCUGCGCAGGGAGUGGAUGAAGAGGACGAUGAAGGUCUCUACGGCUAUCAUUUCUCAAAGUCCCACUCAAGCUACCCAGACCCUAUGGCUCAUUCUUGCAGUGCUAACGCCCGCCUCUGUGCAGGCCUCACUAGCCCCAUAUCACCCCUAAGCCCCCUUACUCCAAAGUAUGGCAGCUUUACAAGCCGGGACAAUUCGCUCACUGGCAUCAAUGAAUUUGCUUCCUCAUUGGGGACCUCAUAUAUAGACCGUGUUCUCAUAGACUGCUACACGGGUCAACGGACACCACAGGACAUUCUUGGCCCCAACUAUGUGCACCUGCCUCCAGGGGACUCCCCACCCCUAGAGGGGUCCACCCAAAGAGAGGGGAGCCAACCUGAGAGGCAGCCCGGUGGGGUCAAUCAUCUGCAUACAGAGAGCACCCCGCAGUCUAAGGGAGAACUACAGUCUCAACCAGCAUCUCAAGUCACGUCAGGGGGGCAGCACCCUGAUUCGGGAGAACGUCGGGGCUCCAGUGGUGGAAUCCUGAAGCGACCACAAAGUCUUGCACUCAUGGAAGAGCCAACGGCGAUGCAUGUAGUUGGGCUGGAGAACGGACGUAGAAGAACGGUGACAUUCAGACAGCAGGUGGCAAACAUUUUGUUGAACGGCGUGCGCUAUGACAGCGAUCUGAGUGAGAAUGUGGAGACGGGAGAAUCCCAAAUGUCAAUGAAACUUUUGGUUAUAGCCAUCUACAGGAUGCCUCCUUCCUUGCGCAGCUUAUGCACUAACCAUUUUUUGGGGUGGCUUUCCUUUGAAGGCAUGCUGCUCUUCUACACCGACUUUAUGGGGGAGGUAGUUUUUGAAGGAGACCCCAAAGCUCCCCACGACUCUGAGGCCUAUCAGCGUUACAAUGCUGGGGUCAGCAUGGGCUGCUGGGGUAUGUGCAUCUAUGCAUUCAGUGCUGCUUUCUACUCAGCCAUAUUGGAGAAACUGGAGGAGCGUUUCUCUCUUCGCACAUUGUAUUUUUUUGCCUACCUAGCGUUCGGCUUGGGUACAGGUCUGGCCACCCUGUCCACCAACCUCUACGUGGUACUGUCUCUGUGUGUCACCUAUGGGGUGCUCUUCUCCUCGCUAUGCACGCUGCCUUAUUCUCUGCUGUGUGAAUACUACCAGAGCCCACAGUUUUGCGGCUCCUCUGAGGAAGGGACCAGGCGAGGAAUGGGGGUGGACAUCUCCCUGCUCAGCUGCCAGUACUUCCUGGCUCAGAUCCUGGUCUCGGUGGCCAUGGGACCCCUGACCUCGUUGGUCGGCGGUGCCCAGGGAGUGAUGUACUUUUCCAGCCUGAUGUCAUUCGUGGGCUGUGUCUAUUCCUCUCUCUGCGUGGUGUACCAGCUGCCCGCCCCAGAGGGAAGAGGAGAAGUUGAAACUGGGGUGUGACUCGAGAAUCAGGUGGCUACAGAAGAACAGAGAGAGAAGACAUGAGAACUUUGAGGAAAGUGGACGACGAAUAGACUUGGUUUCAUUAAAGCCAGCAGCAGCAAUCCAUCACCACUGUAUUGUAUGUCUUUAAGGGCACUCUUUUAGUGCUUUGUUUGGUCAAUGCAGGCAAACAUUUUAGGGCUGUCAUAAUUAGUAGAAACCCAGUCACGAGUGAUUACUGUUGCCUCAGCAGAAUGUCAAUAACUGGCUGCUCAUGUUUCAUGGGAAUCAGUAAAUGUACAGAAGCUUGGUUUAUAAACAUUGCAACACUAGUGCCACCUAUUGUUCAACACUGGCAUCUAUCAAAAAAGCUUUGAACUAAAGUGUCAUUUUUUUGGACUCCUGUGUGAUAUUUAAGAGCCUGCACUACUCUAACACACCACCUGGAGGAGCAAAAGGAUAUUGAUCCAGCUGCAGUCGUCAUCAAAUCCUUACUGGAUCUUGUACAGCCAUUUUCUAAGGACUCAGAAAAGUGGGUCACCAUUCAAAUGAGAAAAAGACACAUAGAAGAUAGAUAAGUAAAAAGACAAUUUAUUUUUUUUCAGAAUAUACAAAGCAGUUGGCUGGAGUAACUGAAAUGUCAUCCUGGUUCUUUAGAGGCAGUUUUUGGACACUAAGCAAAGUUACUCAGCCGUAAAUGUAAACUCAUUAAGAAAACAAACAAAAAAGGUGUGGAUGGUACAAACCUGCGUGGAAUGCAUACAGAAAAUGACCAUAGCGUUAAGAUUUAAGAGGGGUUAAUUAACAUUGCAAAAAAAGAUAAGCCCGCCUUCAGCAAUCAUACGGAGAACCUUUUUAUAUUUGCUCCAACUGUUAACAGCACAGCCAAGCCAAGCAUUAAGUAGCAGCUCGAACACAAACAGAUUAUGCUUCAACAAAUGUCCUUUUAAAUGAUUAACAUUAUCCCCAGCUUAAAACUUAUCUUUGGUCCUCAAAGUGAAUCUUGAGAGAUCAUCAUGAGCAGCUGCCUGAAGAAUGUUGACGCAUCAGCUGGUCAGCACUGAAUUUAUAGAGAUUGUGCUUGAAGUGGAAAUAAACUGAUCUUAUAGCAUGGCCCUAGUUUUUGCAGAAGGGAAAAAAAGCUCAUUUUAAAGACCAAUAAAUAACAUUUGGUAGAAGAAAACUAAAUAAAAAAAGAGGGUUAUUAUGUUUCACAAUAACUCCAGUGCAACGUGAGGACAUGGGAGCAAAUAAAAAAACCCGACUCAAGAUAAAAACAAAAAAACCAAGCACAAGCUCUACAACACGAUGUUGACCAGAGAGAGGACGUGGGCUGUAUCCUGAAUUUUUAAGCCUCCACUUCCGCCUCUUUUGAAUCUCCGUUCUCCUCGGUCUUCUGUUUUUUGGUCUCGGCCUUCUCCUCCUAAGUGACACAAAAACAACAAACAUUGAUCAUCCGAAUUCAAUUAUGUACCAAUCAGCUUUAAACUUUAAGCCAACGUGGCCAAGUUAAGUGAAAUUUGCCAAAAGAUAUCCAUUUUGAAAACAUUUACAAUUGUCAUUUAUAUUCCUUAAAUUAACCUGAAAUGUAUUAGCUACAAAAAA